UCCAGCCCCCCCAUGCCACGCGCCAUAGUGACGCUUUCAUCCGGGUCUCGGCGACGUACACAGUUUCCAACAUGGCGGCAUCAGCUAAAAAGAAGAAUAAGAAGGGCAAGACUCUAACUCUUACUGACUUCCUUGCGGAAGACAGUAAAGGUUCGACACCACAAUAUUACCCGCCAACAAAGCCAACCAGUUGGGCAGAUGAGACCGAUGACUUUGAAGGGGAAGUGUCUACCUCCUGGCACACAGAGGAAGACUCAUAUCGUGCUCCGCCCAUUGAUCGUUCACUCUUGCCAACUGCUCCUCGUGCAGCCAGGGAGCCAAACGUUGACCGUUCACGUCUGCCCCGCAGCCCACCCUACACUGCCUUCCUUGGUAACCUCCCCUAUGACGUCAGUGAAGAGUCCAUCAAGGAUUUCUUUAGAGGCCUGGCGAUCAGUGCAGUGCGUUUGCCAAGAGAGCCCAAUAACCCGGAGAGGCUGAAGGGAUUUGGCUAUGCUGAGUUUGAUGACGUUGAGUCCCUUCUUCAGGCUCUCACUCUGAAUGAGGAGAACCUUGGGAACAGACGGAUUCGAGUAGAUAUUGCGGAUCAGUCCAAUGACAAAGAGAGGGAUAGUGGUAUGAUGUCAGGACGAGAUCGGGGCCGUGGAAUGGACCUUGGUCCUGAUAAGACAGAUUCUGAUUGGAGAGCUAGACCCAGUGCAGACCAGGAUGAUGGGCCUCGUAGAGAUGACGACUAUGGAGAAAAGUCACGUGAUCGUUAUGAGUCAGAUCGGAACAGAGAUGGCCCAUGGCGUGAUGAUCGCUAUGGCGGCAGAGAUCGGUAUGAUGACCGGGAUCGCAGGGACCGGUUUGGCGACCGGGACCGCUAUGGCGACAGGGAUCGCAGGGAUCGUUAUGAUGACCGAGGCAGCAGAGACUACGAACGUGGAGGAUUUGACUCUCGUGGUGGAGGCCAGCGAGCAUUUGGUAGUGGCUUUAGGCGUGACUACGACGACAAGCGAGAUGAAGACCGGUACGAGAGACGGGAUGACAGGCGUGAGGAGAGAGCCCCGCUACAAAGACCCAAACUGAACUUGAAACCUCGCACCAUCCCAAAAGAUGAGGAGCAAAGUGGGGGCACCUCCCCCCAAACCAGUACCACCAGUGCUGGUGGCCGGUCUGCCUCCAUUUUUGGAGCCGCCAAACCUGUAGACACUGCUGCCAAGGAGCGAGAAGUGGAGGAGAGGCUGAAGAAGGAACAGGAUCGACUGCAGAGACAGCUAGAUGAUGACAAAGGCAGACCUUCAGAGAGAAGGCCACGAGAUCGGGACCCCAGCUGGCGCAGUGAGAUGUCUGCGAGUGAGCAUGAGCGCACAGGAAACAAUUCCACACAUCCUGGAGGUCCUAAAAGCCACCAGAGUGAUCAUUCAGAGAAUGAAGUAUUUAGUGGCCAGGAGGAUGAACCUGCCUCCUCAGAGUUACGCACACCAACCUCACCAAGUCGGGGAGCUCUCCCACUUAAAACUAUGCCAGCUCCUCCCCCUAAGGAGAAUGCAUGGGCUAAACGAAGCACAGGUGGAAGCCCAAAUGCCCCAUCUACAGCUGCUUACAAGCAGAGCAGCCAGUCAGAUUUGGGAGAUGAAGAAGAGAAUCAGUUGGAUGGGGCAGAUAGGGAGAAAGGCAUGUCUCAAGGGAGAGGAGGACAAGGUCGAGAUGGAGAAGGUCCCAACAAAGAUAGGAAAGAGAUCAAACGAGAGAGGGAGCCCAAACCCAUACCAGAGCCAAAGAAAUAUGAGGAGACUGCACCCCCGAAAUUCAGUUCAGCCAGUAAGUAUGCUGCCCUGUUGAUGGAUGGUGACCAAGGAGAGGAUGAAGAUGGUGAGAAUUAAGUGGGAUUGAAGAAAAGUAGAAUGAAAUGGAAGCAAGUGAAAAAGAGAUUGGAGCAAAAUUAAAGAUCAAAUACUGAAUGAUCAGGAAAGACGAGUUCCUGCAGUGACUGUGGGGACCACGGCAAAGCUUGCCAGAGUUCUGAUCAUAAUGUUUAUCAAGUUUCUCAAACUAUACACUCAUUUGACUAGUUUUAAUUAGGAAAAGCAGUACAAAACUCAGACACUAGAUACUCACUUGCAUUUAGGAAUUUGAAAAUCGUUAAUUUGCAAGGCAUUGUUCUAAAUAAAUUUGAAAGUAUGUAAAAUACUGCAGUUUUUUGUUUUCUCUUGUUUGGUGCUAUUUACAUGACUGGGCACCAUGUACAAAGCCUGUCCUGGUUCAGCUGAGAAGGUUAACUGCAUGGGCAAAUGUAAUGAAUCCAUCCUGUCUGUUUGCUGAAAAGGAUUCAGUGUUGGUGGAAAGAGUACAUGUUGGAAGUGUAGUCUAGUGUUGGUAAAGACCAGCUGCCUGACUGCCGUUGGUCUCAACUGUCCCAUAUCAGAUGUACACAAUUCCAGAGUGCAACAGUGGCUUUUAGAUGGUUCUUUUUUUUGGUUAAAUGAUCUUAACGCAAGGGAGGGCUGAUACAGAUAUUUGUUGCUGGAUUAUAAAUAUAACCUUGCCUAAAUAUCUCCUGGUAUUUAACCAAGAAGGAAAUUCUAUGUCACAGUUUCAAGGUUGUACAGGAUGUUUGCUACAGUCAUCAAUUAGCAUCCAGUUAAUUUGCAACUGCAGGGCAUGCACUUCCCGCUGUGCACAUCUGCAUUCUGUCACAGAUAAGAGGGGCUGUCUGGUGAUGCCCCAAUGUUUUUAGGCAUGUUAGUAGUAACAGUGGCACAAUAAAGCUUUUGUGGACGUCAUCAUAGCCUAGUUCGCCCCUUUGAUGACUGUGCACUGCUAGUGCUAUAUUUAAAAACAAAAAGGACAAUUUUAUUUAACAUAUCACACUGCACUCUGCACUGAAUCUGAAUCCACUUUUAUUGUGACAUCGAAAACAUGUUCUUUAAUUACUAGUGAUGCCCACUGUAUGCUCAGAAACUUGUAUUAUGACUUAAUGUAUCACAGUAAUAAAAUACAUUACCCA